AUGCGGGUGCCGCUGCGGCUCCGAGCAAGCGUCCGGGGCUGCCUCAGCAGCAGCAGCAGCAGCAGCAGCAGCAGCAGCAGCAGCAGCAGCAGCAGCAGCAGCAGCAGCAGCAGCAGCAGCAGCAGCAGCAGCAGCCGCCAGGGCGACGUCAUCAGCAGCGCCGGCAGCGGGCGCGCUGCGUACAGCCGCGCUCGCCUUCCGCUUGUACUUCGGCGGCAGCAGCAGCAGCAGCAGCAGCUGGAGCAGCAGCAGCAGCAGAAUCAGCAGCAGCUGGAGGAGCAGGAGCUGCAGCAGCAGGAGCAACAGCAGCAGCAGCAGGAGCACCGGCAGCAGCCGCUCCACCCUGCGCUGACGCAGCAGCAAGAGCUCCUGUGGGACCCUCAGCCGGCACUUGCGGCAGCCAGUCACCUGCAGCAUGAGCGCGGUGACGACAACGCUAGCAUGACGGCAGCUGGUGUGGCGUCUGAUGGCGGCUGCGCUGAUUGGCUGGGCCCAGAGUUGGUCGUUGUAGGCAAUGGUGCUGGCGGCAGGGGGAGCGCCGGCUUGCGCUCGCGCCACGCCACGCUGCGCCCCUCCGCCGGGGCUGCCGCAAGUGCCGACGCCGCGGUGGCGUUGGAUUGA